AUGGAUGUGCCUUAUCUUACGCUUAACGGCAGAAGCGACAACCUCACCGCCAGACUCGUCGCAAUCAUCGUACAGGAGAUGACAACGUGCAUUUCACGCUGGCGCGAGUAUGCCACCUCGAAAGAUUCCCAGCUCCAACAACUUCAUAGAGAGAACCAGCAAUACAAGGCACGCAUCGAAGGGCAGUGUCAGACCAUUAGCGAGCAAGAGGAACGGAUCAGGCGUUUGGAGUUCGAGAUGUUUCCUAUGGAGAUAUCUCCCAUUACCGCGUCGCCAGCGGCGUUUUCAAUGACGCUACGAGGCUCGAAGACGUCUGGUUCCAUGAAAGACUUACAUUCAAGCUUUGUGGGGGAUGCAUUGGGUGAUGCCCCGCAGGAGACGUAUGGUCAAAUACCCGACGAUGAUAGUGCACACAAUAUGGACGACGUUUUUUCCCCACUGUUAGCCUUGGCAGUGACUGCAGCAGAGGACACGACCACAAAGGAUGCUGAAGCAAGGGAUUUGCCGCAGACCGAGAGCAAGAGCCCGAUGAAAAGGCACAUAGAAGAGGUAGAAGUUGCUUCGAAGCGGGUCCGUCAUGUGUGA